GGUAAACGUUCUGCACUUAAGAACGUUUCUCCUCCCUUCCCUCAGCUGUGUCACACUCUGUAUUAUCACUGUCGUCAAAGGGGGUGUGUAUAAGAACCUGAAAAACCAAACGAACCUGUCUGUAAGGAGUUCCAUAUAUCACAGCACUGCAAGUGGCUUUACUUCCACAGUGCUGUACGUUGCUGCAGGAAAGCCGCCUCUUUCCCCUUGCUUCUGAGACCUCCUUUUGGACCUAAACAUUGCGACGGGAAUAAGCACCCAUCUGCACGGGGAUGUUGGACUCAGUCACUCACAGCACCUUUCUGCCAAACACAAUGAUCUGCGAGCCCCUGAUGUCUUGGACAGAAUUGUUUGGGACAACUGAGGACUAUUAUCCCACCUUUGAUCAUCAGACAGUUGGCGAUUCUUGCUGGACAUCUAUUCACCCGGAAUACUGGAGUAAACACAAUGUCUGUGAGUGGCUGCAGUUUUGCUGUGACCAAUACAAGCUAGACGCCAACUGCAUCUCCUUUUCCCACUUUAAUAUUAAUGGCUUGCAGCUAUGCAGCAUGACCCAGGAGGAGUUCACAGAUGCUGCCGGCGUUUGUGGCGAAUACCUUUAUUUCAUCUUACAGAACAUCAAGAUACAUGGCAUUUCCUUUUUUACUGACACCGAAGAAACCAAGCCAACUAUCAAAGAUUACAAUGAUAAGGCAUGCCUGAGAACAGGGGGCUCAAAGAGUCAAGAAUGUCACAGCCACGGGAGAACAAGCCUGCAGAGUUCUCACUUGUGGGAAUUUGUAAGAGACCUCCUCCUGUCUCCAGAAGAAAACUGUGGCAUUCUCGAUUGGGAGGAUAGAGAACAAGGCAUCUUUCGGGUUGUUAAGUCAGAAGCCCUGGCAAAGAUGUGGGGACAAAGAAAGCGAAAUGACAGAAUGACAUAUGAAAAGCUGAGCAGAGCUCUCCGGUAUUAUUAUAAAACUGGAAUUUUGGAACGCAUAGACAGAAGGCUAGUGUACAAGUUUGGAAAGAACGCCCAUGGGUGGCAGGAGAACAAACUAUGAAUUAAUUGUCCCAUGCCUCAGACUGAUUAUGCACUCUGCAACAUGAAGUGUCUGACUGCAAUAGACAUUUGAGAGAAGGACUUUUUCUCCUGCUUCUCUCCUAUACGGCAGUCUGGAGUUGACAACUGUUUCUGAGAGACUGGCCAGAGCAACACAUUAUGGCUCUUCCCCACUAUAUACUUUGUGACCAGCAUUAGCUUGUGCUUAGCUCUUAUGAAAAUAACACCUGUGAUGCAGCUCACGGUUUUGUUAAGAUGAAUUGUUUUUAUCUGUGGCACCUCUUCCUGUGCCAAGAAGGGCUAUCUUUUGUCGUUGCCUAUCAGCUCUCAGUAUGAAAUUCCUGCUUCCUGCUGACAUUUAAAAGAAGUUGGUGGUGGGUGGGUGUGUGUGUGUGUGUGUGUGUGUG